AUGCCUAAAUUAUUUUGUAAAUCAAAUUUAUUAUUACGAGUUGACCUUCUGCAAAUGUUGGAGUUUAAUGUUACUGUAACGUUUCCGGCUGCUCCUUUAUUGACAGUUAUCCUGGCGCUUGUUGGUGAUAGGAAAUCAAAGAAAAUUAGAAUUCGACAAAAACAGCAAAUUCCUUGCAGAGUAAUAUCAUCAGAUAAAUGGGUGGAUAUAGGAGAAGACAAAGAAAAAACUAAAAUGAAAAAGGAACAGGAAAAAAAGAUACCCAUUGAAGUCAUACCGGAAGAAACGAGUUCUGAAGAAGAAUGCGAAGAUUCUGGAAAUAGUGAUGAUGAUGAUGUUUUUUUUUGGAAGGGUCUGUGCCAGGAAAUGAAUUUGCAAAACCAGAACAUUUUAUGCCUGGCUGUUUCAUUUUAG